UCCAUCUAUUCUGCUCUGCGCCUUUGCAGCACUUUAUGCACAUAUUAAACGUCUUGUGUUGUAAUUGUCCUUUCUUUCUUGUAACAAUGGUUGAGCAAUUUGUUGGUAAAUGGAAAAUGACUUCAAGUGACAAUUUUGAUGAAUACAUGAAGGCUGUAGGUGCUGGUUUUGCUUCUCGGCAAAUGGCUAACCUUGCAAAACCCAGUCUGACAAUUGCUUUGGAUGACCAGGGGUUCAUCUCUAUGAAAGCUGUCACUACUUUAAAGACCCUGGAAAUCAAAUUCAAAUUAGAUGAAGAAUUUGAUGAGACAACAGCUGAUGACAGAAAAGUGAAGACUAUUCUGAGCCUUGCAGAUGGUAAACUUAUUCAAACGCAGACCUGGGAGGGGAAGACCACAAUAAUUGAAAGAGAGAUUCAGGACUGCAAAAUGAUAGCGAAAUGCACCAUGGAUGAUGUGGUCGCUAUCAGGACAUAUGAAAAAGAUGCAUGACCGGAUGAACUCUGUGCUUCAAGACAGAUUAAAGACUUUGUUAGAUUUUAAUGACUGACUCUUAGUUUGAUGUGAUAUAUAAAUUGCUUUGUUGCAGUAUACCCCCCCCCCCCUUUUUUUUUUUUU